AUGACGACGACAAGCAAGCGACGUAAAAAACCCUUAAACAGAAAACAAUCCAGCGAUGCAAUUACUAAAGUCAACAUCAAUCAGCUAUAUGACUUAGUAGACGAUCAUAAUUUCAUUGCAACAAAUGAAAUAUGUUCUGGUGCUAUUGGUUUAUUUUCUGUUUUAUUCAAUAGAAAUAUUAUCGAUGCAUCUUUUUCCAAAUUAUAUCAACAGAGUUUACAAUGUGGAUGGGACUAUAUAUUCACACAAGAACGACAGAAAUUGAAACCUAACGAUAUUUCUGUCUUAAAAUCUUUUGUAUUAAAUCGAUUAUUAAAUGAAUAUAGCAAAGAUUCGAAUUUAUUCGUACAAAAAACAAAAGAUUUAUACGAUGAAAUUCAUUCGCGCAUGGCUAGAAACUUUCCACCAUGGACGCCCGAAGAUUUUUCUGAUGAAGUUGGUCGUUGGCAAGAUAUACAAUGUCGACGGCGUCUAUUCUAUUUCGAUCAUCAAGAACUUUCACCGUUAUGCGGUUUAUUGAUGCUACAAAAAGCUGCGACUAAUUGGUGUCAUUGUCUAAUCAAACAUUGUCAACAAAAUAGAAGCUUUUGGGAAACAGAAGGUCGUAAACGUUUUAGGGAUCAUUUUCAACGUUCAUUUAUUAUCGUUGCGCAACCGACCGGCCCUGAAAACAUACCUGUUACUCAAUAUAUCAAGACUGCAUCUGGUCAUACAGCACGAUUACAUGCACGCAUUAUAUGUUUAUUCGAUCCUGAUAUUCUCAAAGAUUAUCUAGAAUUAUCAACUAUAGGUAUUUAUAUAUAUAUAUAUGUCGUCGGAUAG